UGUUAAUGAAAAACAAAAAAAAUAGUAAAUUACCCUCAUCAAUUUUGAAGCAUGGCGCGCGCGCUUGUUUCCAGCACCACGGAGAGCAACAGCCCCAAAACAAGAAGACACGAAACGCGGGGAUGUUUCAUUCAUGGGAUUUGGACCGUGGACAUCUGGACGUCCACCAUUCAACCCCCUGCUGUCGGGACAGACCUGAUUACAUCAGCUCAGUGGCUGAUGUGACGCGAUGACUGACUGUCCAAAGUCACAUCCGACCCAGUGCGAAAACUCGCCUUCCAGCCGUGAUUCUUUUUGAAGCUGCUCCACUUUCAUGAAUGAAAGCGUCCACGCGCGACAAUACGUGUGAAGUUCAUUUCUGAUUGGACGGGAUGGUGGACGUGUGUCAGACAUGUGCGCGCCGUGGGCGGGUGUGAGAAGGGGCGGCGGGGAGGGGAGCGCUCCAAGUGCGACAACGCGCGCAGAAAGGUGAGAUAGUUGGAAGCGAUGCACUUGGCGUCGGACCCGGCUCUCCGAAGCUGUGGCGCUCUGGCCGCGCGAGGCGUGGCGCACUCUGCCCCCCGCGGACCGGGAAGAACACCUGUAUGGACGACCGGACCUUCAGCGUGAUCCGGCCGCGCCCGACCGCCGGACACAGGGGGAGCGACGCGACCGACGGCCCGGGUUAUGCCGAGGCGGAGGAGGGCGUCAUGUCGGCGGGUAACACGCCGGAGGAGCGCGCCGCGCUCUCGUCGUCUCGCCCGUCGUUGGAUCGAUGCGAGCGCGGCCGGCGGGGAUGCUGCGAGAGGGUGGUCAUCAACAUUUCGGGCUUGCGCUUUGAGACGCAGCUGAAAACUUUCAACCAGUUCCCGGACACGCUGCUGGGCGACCCGCGGAAAAGGAUGCGCUACUUUGACCCGCUGAGGAACGAGUACUUCUUCGACAGGAACAGACCGAGCUUUGAUGCCAUCCUGUACUACUACCAGUCGGGGGGGCGCAUACGGAGACCUGUUAACGUCCCCAUUGAUAUCUUCUCCGAGGAGAUCAGGUUCUAUCAACUCGGAGAGGAGGCCAUGGAGAAAUUCCGCGACGACGAAGGGUUCAUAAAAGAAGAGGAACGCGUGUUGCCCAAGAGAGAGUUCCAAAAGCAAGUUUGGCUUUUGUUUGAGUACCCUGAGAGCUCCGGACCCGCGCGGGGGAUAGCCAUAGUUUCGGUGCUAGUCAUUCUGAUUUCCAUCGUUAUUUUCUGCAUGGAGACUCUUCCGGAGUUUCGGGAUGACCGAGACCAAUCCACAGUGGCCCCCGCGGUCAACGGCACGGCGCCCUACGUGGCGAGCCCGUUCACGGACCCCUUCUUUGUGAUCGAGACCCUGUGCAUCAUAUGGUUCUCCUUCGAGUUGCUCGUCAGGUUCUUCGCCUGCCCCAGCAAAGCUCGCUUCUCCAAAAACAUCAUGAACAUCAUCGACAUCGUGGCGAUAUUCCCGUACUUCAUCACUCUGGGGACCGAGCUGGCCGAGAAGGAGACCAACGGCGGCCAGCAGGCCAUGUCCCUCGCAAUCCUCAGGGUGAUCCGACUGGUGAGGGUCUUUCGCAUUUUCAAGCUGUCGCGUCACUCGAAGGGACUUCAGAUUCUGGGCCAGACGCUCAAGGCCAGCAUGCGGGAACUCGGCUUGCUCAUAUUCUUCCUUUUCAUCGGGGUUAUCCUCUUUUCCAGCGCGGUGUACUUUGCGGAGGCCGACGACCCCUCGUCCAGUUUCACCAGCAUCCCCGAUGCGUUUUGGUGGGCGGUGGUCACCAUGACCACCGUCGGAUACGGAGACAUGCACCCGGUGACCAUUGGUGGGAAAGUCGUGGGUUCGCUGUGCGCAAUAGCGGGCGUGCUGACCAUUGCGUUACCCGUGCCGGUGAUCGUGUCCAACUUCAACUACUUUUACCACCGCGAGACAGACGGAGAGGAGACCCCGCAGUACGUGCACACCAGCAGCUGCGAGCACCUCCCCACGGAGGAGCUGAGGAGGUCGUGCAGCUCCACGUCCCUGAGCAAGUCCGAGUACAUGGUGAUAGAGGAGUGCAUCCACAGCGCGUUCAAGCAGCCCAACUUCUCCACCGAAAACAACCAGAACUGCGUGAACAUCACAAAGAUCUUCACAGAUGUGUAAAUGAGCCCCGCGAUGCACCAUUUAUGGAGCGUGAAGACUCAGUAGCUAUAUUAUAUUUAUAUAAAUAUAUAGCCAAUCAUAAUGUGUCGGUCCAUAUCUGUGGAUAAACGUGCGUAUUUCUUUUUUGACAAGUUGCAUUGUUUUUUUUUCUAAGCAAACAGGAUUUUUCUUGGUUCCACGUGAUUCACAUGGUUUGAGUAUUUCUAAGAGAUCAAGAAGUAUUAAUAUGAACCGGAAAGAUUCGCAAUGGAAAAGUGGCCUCGGUAAUAACAAGGACAACAACAAUAACAACAACAUUUCAAGAAGUGAGCAGCUUGUUAAAAGCAAUAUUUGUGCAGUACACGGCCACUCGAUGCUAUACAUAUCUUGAUGUUUAAGUUGUUGGUGUUGAUGAUUGGGAUACACGUGUAGCAUAUUGUCUACUUAAUAUAUUGCAUUUAAAAAGAUGUGUGCUUCGUGGAAAGAAAAGGUCCAUUGUCAAGUAAUGUGAUGAAUAGAUUAUACAGCCAAAUGUCUGUUUUAGGAUAUAUUUAAUAUCAUAACUUCUCGAGAUGUUGACUGUUCACAUGAAUAUUCAGGUAUACAAGUAGAUGGAAACACUUAUCAUGACAUAUACGUCUAGCUUUUCGUAAAAUUGUAUUUUUAUUCAGAGCUGCCUAUAAAGCCUAUUCAUUAAAAUGGAAAAUUACUUA